AUGCAUAGUGUCUAUGCCAGGUUCAACAAUAUCAGUGCCACGCUUUCCACUUGCAUGAUGGUCCUACUCGGUGCCAUCGCUUGUACAUCCCUACUAUUCAGUGCGGAUCCGAAAGGAGACAUCACUGCAUUGAGUGGUGAAAGCCGACCACGACGAUAUGGCGCCUCCGGUCGGCGGCAAGAGUUUGCCUUCGUAAACUUCAAUGUCACAGCGGACCUUACGCCACUCUUCAACUGGAACACAAAACAACUUUUCCUCUAUCUUGGCGCCGAAUAUACCAAUGCUCAAGGGGUCCAAAACGAAGUGGUCAUCUGGGAUAGAAUCGUCCGGCGAAAGGAGGAUGCGAUGGUCAACGUCGAGGGCAAGAACAGCUAUGCUUUCCGGGAACUUUCGACAAAAUUCCAGGACAUCUCUCCCGCGCACUAUACCCUCAAAUACAACGUCAUGCCAUGGGUUGGAGUCCUCACCUACGGCGAGGCAGCGCGCACGACAGAGCCCAUACCUUUCCCUAACGCAAAGGAUCGCGUCUCGUAA